AGCUGUUCCUAGAGGCUCUCGGACCGCUCUCCAGUCAUGUCCGCAGAGGGGGAGGAGCUUCAGAAGGCGGAGGAGUACCUGCGGAAGCACCGGAUCCUCGAGCUCUUCAACGACCUUUGCGCCUCCGUGUGCUUCCACAAGCCGGGGGAUGUGCGGGGCUUCCUCCUGCAGGAGCUGCAGCUGCGUGAGAGGGAGGGCGCGCAAGCCGGGAACUUCGAGGAUGCGGAGAUCAAGGCGGUCUUCAAUCUGGCAGACCUUAUGCAGAUGGGCGUGAUCAGUGAAUCACAGGCUCGCAGGGCGCUGCUGUCCUUGGCCAACUCCCAGAAGCAGAAGGAGGACGUGGAGGCGCUGGAGCUGCCGCCGGAGGUGGAUGAGACCAUCUUCCUGCAGAAGGCCAAGGACGCGCUGCAGUUCCGCUGAGUUAGGCAGACCCUAUGAGCCACGCGCUCGAGAAGUGUCACCCCUUGGUCCGGCUGGAAAAUCCUGAGCUCGGGCCGGGCGAUUCGAAAUGGAUGGUGAAGGAAAGGUCUGGUUUCUUGGUUGUGUUUCAGAGCGG